ACUGACCUGGUUCUUUCUACAACCACCAUGCCUAAAAUGCUGAGCAUCUUCUGGUUCAAAUCCAGGGAGAUAGAUUUUAGUUUGUGCCUCACCCAGCUCUACGUCAUUCACUGCUUCAUAGCGAUGGAGUCUGGAAUUGUCGUGGCCAUGGCUUUGGAUCGCUAUGUGGCCAUCUGUGAUCCCCUGAAAUAUUCUACUAUCCUGACAAACCACAUGGUGGCCAAGAUUGGUCUGGCUGUGGUGCUGCGUGGCAGCAUUCCUGCACUCCCCUAUCCCUUUCUGGCGAGGCGGUGGCCAUACUGCAGAACCAACAUCAUCUCCCACACGUACUGCGAGCACAUAGCCGUGGUGAAGCUGGCCUGCACAGACAUACGCAUCAGUAGUUACUACGGCCUGAUUGUGGCAUUCUUGGGGAUUGGUCUGGAUGUGUUUUUUAUCGCUGUGUCUUAUACACUGAUUCUAAGGGCCAUCUUCAGCCUCCCCACAAAGGACGCCCGGCUCAAGACUUUUGGGACCUGCAGCUCCCACUUCUGUGUCAUUUUAGCGUUUUAUAUCCCAGCUCUCUUCUCCUUCCUCACACACCGGUUUGGCCACAAUGUGCCCCCGCAUUUUCACAUUCUCAUUGCCAACAUGUACAUUCUACUGCCCUCCAUGCUAAACCCCAUCAUCUAUGGGGUGAGGACCAAACAGAUCCGAGACAAGCUGCUCUGGCAUAUUACUCAUAUUGAAUAA